CAAAUAUCUCAUGGUAAUAUAUUUGCACAUUUUAUAAUUCGAGUAUAUAGAUAACUGAGGAAAUGUUAAUGUAAAAUAACCUGAGUGUAAACUGGCGUGUGUUGACGCUCUCAAAUUUGUGAAGUCACUACCACCAAGAUGGGCUUCAUCACAUCUGCAGCGGGCAUCUUAGCCCUGCUAGAUGAGAAUGAAGACCAGCUACGAGUGUUCGCACUGGAAAGAUUAAAUGAAAUUACAGACACCUUCUGGCCAGAAAUAGCAGACUCCAUACAGAAAAUUGAAAGACUUGAGGAAGAUGCAGAUUUUCCAAAACAAGAGCUGGCUGCUCUGCUUGUGUCAAAAGUAUACUUCCACUUGGGGUCGUAUUUGGACUCUCUCACCUAUGCUCUCCGAUCUGGUCCCAUGUUACAUCAAGACCCCAAUCAGCUAUACAUUGACACAAUUAAAGUACAUGCCAUUGACCACUACAUCAAAUUACGAGCUCAGAAGGAUGCCAAGAUGGAUCCUCGGUUAGAGACGCUCCUGAACAACAUGUUUCUACGCUGUAUUGAAGACCAACAGUAUCGACAUGCUAUUGGAAUAGCACUUGAGACACAUCGAAUGGAUUGGUUCAGAGAGGCUAUCAUGACUUCAGAUGAUAUUGUAGGUAGUCUUACCUACUCGUACAAGAUAGCCAUGCAGUAUAUAGAGCAGAGAAGGUUCCGUGAUGAAGUUUUGGAACAACUAGUGUCGUUGUAUCAAGGCUUGGACACUCCAGACUAUGUCAACAUGUGCCAGUGUUUAAUUCACUUGGAUAAGCCUCAUGAAGUAGCUUCAAUUCUAGACAAGCUUAUCAAAAAUGAUAGUCUCAAAAGUGAAGCAAUGGACAAUGAACUAAUGGCCUACCAGAUUGGCUUUGACCUAUAUGAAAGUGCCACGCAGGAUCUUCUUUCUCAUGUACGUCAGGGUCUGCGAACCACGGCCCCAGUACCAUCUCUUUUAAAAGAUGUCGAUGCACUUACUAGUACAACUUCUUCCUCCACAACUGUAGCACCAGCUGGAGGAACAAGUAGUGGUUCUACAGAAGAGGAAGAGAAGACUGGGACAGCAGGAGCUAUGGAUGAAGAUGUACCAAUGAGUGAAGAAAAAACACUCGAUGAUUUGACUGAGCUUGAGAAGACACAUCAGAAUAGAGUUGAAAAACUUGCUGGGAUUCUUAGUGGUGAAAUGACUAUUGAACAACACCUGCAGUUUCUCAUUGCUAACAAUCAUACAGAUAUGUUAAUAUUACGGCAUAGUAAAGAAGCGGUUCGUGCAUCAGUGUGUCAUACUGCAACAGUUAUUGCUAAUGCUUUCAUGCAUUGUGGUACAACUUCUGAUCAGUUCCUUAGAGAUAAUUUGGAGUGGUUAUCUCGAGCAACAAAUUGGGCCAAGAUGACUGCCACAGCUUCUUUAGGAGUAAUCCACCGAGGCCAUGAAAAAGAAGCACUCACUUUAAUGCAGGCAUACUUACCUAAGGAAUCAAACAGCCCAGGCUAUGCAGAGAGUGGCUCACUUUAUGCCUUAGGACUAAUUCAUGCAAAUCAUGGGGCAAACAUCAUUGAAUAUCUUCUUAAUCAAACGAAAGAAGCCACCGAUAUUGUUCGUCAUGGUGGUUGUCUUGGUUUAGGUCUAGCAGCCAUGGGCACACAGCGUACAGAUGUAUAUGAACAGCUGAAAUAUUCUCUCUUCCAAGAUGAUGCUGUAACAGGAGAAGCAGCAGGAUUGGCAGGGCUUAGUCAUGUUGGAUCAGCAAAUGAACAAGCAGUAUCUGAUAUGGUUAAUUAUGCACGAGACACACAACAUGAGAAAAUUCUUCGUGGCUUGGCUCAGGGUAUUGCUCUGAAUAUGUAUGGCCAGCAGGAUCAGGCUGAUCGUCUCAUCACAGAACUCAGUGAAGAUAAGGAUGCUAUUUUAAGACGAGCUGCAAUGUACACUGUAGCAAUGGCUUACUGUGGCACUGCUUCAACACCAGCUAUGAAAAGAUUGCUGCAUGUAGCAGUUUCCGAUGUGGAUAAUGAUGUAAGGCGAGCAGCUGUAGAGGCUCUAGGGUUCUUGUUGUUCCGGUCUCCUGAGCAAAUGCCGAGCAUGGUUUCUCUCCUGUCUGAAUCUUACAACCCUCAUGUUCGAUAUGGUGCCGCCAUGGCUCUGGGUGUUGCAUGUUCAGGCACUGGACAGAAGGAAGCCCUGGGGUUGCUGGAACCACUAACUAAUGAUCCUGUGAAUUUUGUUCGUCAAGGUGCUCUCAUAGCUUCUGCUCUUGUUCUCAUACAGCAAACUGAAUCAACUUGUUCCAAGGUUAAAGAUUUCCGGCAGUUGUAUGCUAAAGUCAUUGGAGAUAAACAUGAAGAUUCAAUUGCAAAGUUUGGGGCGAUCCUUGCUCAGGGAAUUAUUGAUGCUGGUGGGCGAAACAUGACCAUUUCCUUACAGUCUCGUACAGGACACACCAGCAUGACAUCAGUUGUUGGUAUGUUUGUCUUCACUCAGUUUUGGUAUUGGUUCCCAUUGGCACAUUUCUUGUCAAUGGCUUUUACACCUACAUGUCUGAUUGGUUUGAACUCUGAAUUAAAGAUGCCAAAAAUGCAAUUUCUCUCAAAUGCAAAACCUUCCACUUAUGGAUAUCCAGCACCCCUAGAGGAGAAAAAGAAGGAAGUAGCAGAGAAGGUAACAGCCGUUCUUUCUAUAACUGCAAAAGCAAAGAAAAAGGAUGAUGAAAGGAAGAAAAAAGAACAGAAGGAUGAGAAGAUGGAUGUUGAUGAAGAAAAGGAGAAAAAGGAAAAAGAAGAAAAGGAGAAAGAAAAAGAGGAAAAGAAAAAGGAAGAAGAAAAGAAAAAAGAAGAACCUGCUUUUGAUUUGCUAAGUAAUCCUGCACGAGUAAUGAAAGCCCAACUUAAAGUUAUGCGCAUGGCAGAAGGAUCACGUUACACUCCAGUGAAAGAACUAAGCAUAGGUGGAAUAAUUUUGAUGAGAGAUACUAAACCUGAAGACAGUGAAGAAUUGGUACAACCUGUUCCUGCAUUGGGUCCCAAGACAGAAGAAGAGACUGAGCCAGAUCCUCCAGAGCCCUUUAAAUAUGUUGAUGAAGAUUAGAUUGUAGAAAGAGCUGUAUAUCCCCUCUAAAUAUAAAAAAAAGUUUCUUUUAUCAGUUUAAUAGGUAGAAAUAUCCAGGAUAGACUUUUUAUUACUAUACAAAUAUUUUUUUUUCUGUGAAAAUACUGCCUGCAGUUCAGACUAUUACUAUAAUUACUAUCUUUAAUUAUAAUAAUGGUAAAUGUGGAUUAGUUGUAAACUAAUUUAUUUUAACGUGGUGAAGUUUCUUUGUAAAUUCUUAAUCCUGAAAAUUUCUAAGGAAUUUACAUGUUGGUUAACAUUCGUCACUAAUGUAACUGCUGGAAGGAACAGAUUUGUGUAGAAUUCAGUUCCUUUUAGAACCUUUCUUUGGAAUAAUAAAUAAUUAUUUGUUUA